AUGAAUUAUGGUCGAAUCUUCAAGUCCCUUCUACUGUGUGCUUUGCCCAACGGGCGCGGCAAAAUGAGCAGUGUCGCCGCGGUCCGUUUCGGUCACUUCUUUGACUCACGAAAGGUGAAGGAGGAGCGGGAGGCCCGACCUUGGGUCGCUGCCCGCCAACGACAGACCGGUGCGGGAAUCGCCGGCGACCAGUUCAAAAGAAACGUACGAGCCGUCCUCAACAAACUUACGCCAGAAAACUUUCAGAAAUUAAUCAAGGAACUCUCCAAUUAUAAUUUCUGUACUCCUAAUCAGCUAAAUGAAGUUGUGACGUUGAUAUUUGAGAAAGCGGUCGACGAAUCAAAGUACUGUCGUCUUUAUGCACUUCUUUGUGUUCGUCUAAACUCGGAGCUUCCGAAUUUCGAAGAGAAGGGAUGUGUGUUUACGACCUUCCAGAAACUCUUACUUACGAAGUUGCAAAGAGAAUUCGACCGCCGCCGUCACGGAAAUGUCGACCCCGGGAGUCGAGAAAAACGUCAACUUCUUGGGCUAAGUGCAUUUAUUGGAGAACUUUACCAGCUGAGACUGAUCAGAGAGAUUACUGUACACGAGUGUCUGAAGGACCUACUCCGGAAAGAAGACGCAGAGGCACUAGAAUGCCUUGUCGCGAUUAUGGAGACAUCGGGAGAGCAACUCGACCACGAUCAAGCAAAGAACCUUAUGAAUCAGUACUUCAAACGCAUUCAGAAAUUUUCGAAUGCAGAUCAACUUCCGUCACGCGUACGUUUCCGUCUCCUCGAUCUUAUAGACCUUCGCUCUCGAGAUUGGCGACAUCGCCGACAAGUAGCAGGACCACGGCCCGUUUCCGAGAUACGGGCUGAAUAUGGCACCAAUCUUGAUCCAACGAAGAUCUCCGCUCCUGUUGUACCAGUUGGACAAUCGAGGAUUCUCCGAGACUCAGAACUUGCAAAGCGUCGACCAGAUCGCACGAAUGAGUUCUUCCUGCGACCUUCGGCAACUAAGAAGAAUGAGCCCGAGCAAGAACCGCCUUCUACCAGAUCAAGCUUCAGCGAUCAUUCUAAUGGCAUUUCCAAUGGCACCCCUUCUUCUCCAGUCAAGCCCACUCGCUAUCUACCGCCACGCCGAGCUGCCGAUAGUUACUCUGAAAAACCAAAGCCUGCGCCUGUCCCAGAAAAGAAAAGCUUUGUCCCUGCAUUCAUAAAAUCUAACAAUGCCAACCAGAUGAAUGAUCGAACAUCGUCAUCGCUUAAAUAUCAACCGAAACCUCACUUUUCCUCCCGAUCAGGUCUUCCUGGUCAAGGCCUCAACGCUCCCUCUCCACUCGACAAGGUUAACAAUGCUAGAAGUCUUCACCUCAAGCGCAAUAUCGAUCGAAGAAACUCCCCUGGUAGAACUUCGAAUUCUAGUCCAGCAAGAGGAAGUCCUAAUCAGUCCCCGAUUCGCAAUGGACACUACUCACCAAUUCGCAACUCUCCAAACCAUGCUUCACCAAUAUCGCCACUCGUUGACGAGUCCAUGAAAGCAGAGAACAAGCCUCUUACGGUGCUAGAAAUACUGGAGCUUUCCAAACAAAUGUCUUACCGCUAUGUUACGAAGUCUGACGAAAGCAUUCUCGCCGACUUCCCACCGUGUCCAGACAUCACGGAGAGCACACUGGUCGAUAUCAAUCUUUUCCUGUUAGAACGUGCCGUCGACGAUAAAGAAAACUCAGAAAAGUGGACUAAAGUAAUAAAAACUUGGAACAACAGCGAGGAAAUCGUCAGUAAAGCCUUCAAGAAAUGGAUUCAGAGGCAUUCAUCAGACAAGAAUAAUGAUUCUGUCAAAGUUAUAAGCGAGCUUAUUCUUUGCGGAUUUCUUGAGCCUAUAAAAAUCGUCGAGUUUUUCGCAGACGGCAAGUUCUACCCUCUAUUCUUCCUGAUCAUGAAAGAAAUCUUCGACUCGACGGGGAAAAUUACUUUUCUGCAGCGCAAAUUUGCUGAGCUAGAUUUUCUUGGACUGCUGGAGAAAAGAGAUAGAACCGAGCUGCGUACUAUUCUCGCAGAAUACAAGUUGCUCUUUCUCAGACCGAAGUUUUCCGACGAGCAAUUCUUAUUUACAGAAAGAGGUCUUGAGCCGUCAGAUUAUUACCGAGCGAUGAAAUCUCGUGGAGAUCAUGGAGCUACCGCCGGCGCCGUCAUCAAUCUCGUUUGGGAAAAGCAGCUCGACUUUGCGAAAGUGAAACCGCUUCUGGUGAAACUUCUUCGGACAAAGCCGAAAAUCCAAUGUGCCACAUUAAAAGCCGUUGUUCUUGCGCACAACGAGCGUGGUAUGCAGAAGGAUCACCUCUUGAAACAGUUCAUUCUUCUUUACGAUGAAGAUAUUGUAGAAGAAGAUGGAUUCCUUCUUUGGGAAAAAGACAUCCACGACCAAACUCCCGGCAGACAGAAAGGGCUCGAACAGGUGUCCCGCUGGCUUCAAUGGCUCAAAGAGGCGGACGUUGAAUCCGACGACGAGAUCUCUAGCAAAUCUGGCGAAAAUAACUCGCCUCAAAGCAAUUGCCCACAAAAUGCCGAAAACGAGAUUAUCCAUGCCGUAAAGAAUGGCGCCCUUGAACUAACGAACUCAGCAUAA